AUGAAAGAAAUCAUAUGUCUACAUGUUGGUCAAGCUGGUUGUCAAAUAGGUCAUGCUUGUUGGGAAUUAUUUUGUCUUGAACAUGGUAUUCAACCUGAUGGAACUUUAUUAUCAUUGAAUUGUUCAAUAAAUAAAUCUGAUCAAUCAAUAUUAACAUUUUUUGAAGAUAUUGGAUAUAAAUAUACACCACGAAUGCUUUAUAUUGAUUUAGAAACAACUGUUCUUGAUGAAGUACGUACUGGUACAUAUAGACAAUUAUUUCAUCCUGAUAGAAUUAUAUCUGGUAAAGAAGAUGCUGCAUCAAAUUAUGCUCGAGGUUAUUUUACUAUUGGAAAAGAACUUAUUAAUCAUGUACUUGAUCAAAUACGUCGUAUUGCUAAUCAAUGUCAUUCAUUACAAGGAUUUAUUAUUUUUCAUAGUUUUGGUGGUGGUACUGGUUCUGGUUUUACAUCUCUUCUUAUGGAAAAUUUAAAUAUUGAUUAUUCAAAAAAAACACAUAUUGAAUUUGCUAUUUUUCCAUCACCAAAAUUAUCAACUAUAAUUACUGAACCAUAUAAUACAAUAUUAAAUACUCAUAUUGGUUUAGAAUAUGCUGAUUGUGUAUUUAUUGUUGAUAAUGAAGCUUUAUGGGAUAUUUGUACAAAUUUACUUAAUAUAAAACAAGCAAAUUUUAUUAAUAUUAAUCGUCUUAUAUCUCAAGUUAUAUCAAAUAUAACAGCUGGUAGUCGUUUUAAAGAUGGAAAUACAAUAGAUUUUAUUGAAUUUCAAACAAAUCUUGUACCAUUUCCACGUAUUCAUUUUCCUUUAGUUAGUUAUGCACCUAUAUAUUCAAUUGAAAAAUCUUAUCAUGAACAAAAUGAUACACAAACAUUAACACAAGAUUUAUUUCAUAGAAAUAAUCAAAUGGUUAAAGUUGAACCAUCAAGAGGAAAAUAUAUGUCUAUUGCAAUUAUAUAUCGAGGUUCAAUAUCACCAAUAGAUAUUAAUCAUACAAUUAAUAAAUUAAAAAAUGAUAGAAAAAUUUCAUUUGUUGAUUGGUGUCCUAAUGGAUUCAAAAUUGGUUACACUACAAAUCCACCAAUAUAUGUUCCUGGUGGUGAUCUUGCACCAGUUAAAUAUUCUGCUGUUAGUUUAGCAAAUUCAACAGCUUUAGUUGAUGCAUGGGCUCGAAUAAAUUAUAAAUUUGAUCUUAUGUAUUCAAAACGAGCUUUUGUUCAUUGGUAUAUUAGUGAAGGAAUGGAAGAAAAUGAAUUUAAUGAAGCUCGAGAAAAUUUAGCUGCUCUUGAACAAGGUGAAUCAGGUGUUGGAAAAUCUUCUCUAGCACUUCGAUUUACCAAAGGACAAUUUCAAGAAUUUAUUGAAAGUACAAUUGGUGCUGCUUUUUUUACACCUACACUUAAAAUUGACCAGAAUACAUCACUUCAAGUUGAACUAUGGGAUACAGCUGGUCAAGAACGAUAUCAUUCUCUUCCACAAAUGUAUUAUCGUGGUCCUCAAGCAGCUCUUGUUGUCUAUGAUAUAACAAAUUUUGAUUCUUUUCUUGAUGCAAAAAAAUGGAUAAGAGAAUUACGUCAAAUAAAUACGAAUGAAAUGGUCAUUGGUUUAGCAGGAAAUAAAGCUGAUUUAGUAACAGAAAAUAAACGUCAAGUUGAUACACGUGAAGUAGUUGAAUAUGCUGAUGAAAAUAGACUUAUAUUUAUGGAAAUAUCAGCUAAACUAGGUGUUAAUGUCACAGAAAUAUUUAUAAAUAUUGCUAAACAAAUUGUUGUAAAACAAUCAGCUAGUACAUUACCUAAAUCAUCUAAAAAAAUUCCACCAACAAAAUCAAAAAGUUCUUGUUUCAGUAGUAAUACUGACAAUAAAUCAUAA